CGCAUAAUCGCAUCAGAGAAUCUGGCUUUGAGCUUCGAGUUCUCUGCCUUCGCCUCGCGUCGCGACGCCUGUACCAAGUAGCCGACGUUUCUGCUACGGGCAGAUAGGUCGGGUGACAGGUGGCCUCACUCACGCGCCUCUCUCACGGCUCGCCUCGCCUCGCCUCGCCUCACCUGAUCGCUGAUUCCCCACCGUUCCCGCCUUUCCGCCGUUCGCCUUUCCGCCUUUCCGCCGUUUCUCGUUUACUUUCGGGAAGUUCCCCCAGCCAUGGCGUCCGCAACUAUCACCGCAUCUUCCGCUGCCUCCACUCGCCUCGCCGGGCCUUCCGCCGGGAAACGCGGACAGCACGCCACGUGUUCGCUCACCGCAUCCUCCGGUCGCACCUCCGCGGCAGCGCUUACGAGCGAAUUCCUACCGUCGCUACCUGUGAAGACGCAGGCGCUGCGGGCAGGGGCCGGCCGCAAGCCCCGAGCAACCUCCGGGCGUCCCUGUCACGUGUUCGCGUCUGCUGAUGUGGCGCAGCUGCGCGGCGCGCGCGAGGCGAUUAAUGACAUCAUCUCGAGCAAGUCGUGCAACCCCAUCCUGAUUCGCCUGGGCUGGCACGAUGCAGGCACGUUCGACAAGAGCGUGGGCGAGUGGCCCAAGCAGGGCGGCGCCAACGGCAGCAUCCGCUUCCGCCCCGAGAUCGACCACGGCGCUAAUGCGGGGCUGGCGGGAGCCAUCGCGCUGCUACAGCCGGUCAAGGACCGCUUCCCCGCUGUCAGCUGGGCGGAUCUCUUCCAGCUCGCCAGUGCUACAGCUGUUGAGCUGGCAGGCGGGCCAGUCAUCCCCAUGAAGUAUGGCCGAGUGGACGCGUCCGGGCCUGAGGACUGCACACCUGAAGGCAACCUGCCAGAUGCGGGCCCCCCCUCCCCAGCCGAUCACCUGCGCAAGGUCUUCUACCGCAUGGGGCUCAACGACCAGGAGAUAGUGGCGCUAUCAGGCGCGCACACCUUGGGGAGGGCCCGCCCUGACCGCAGUGGGUGGGGCAAGGAGUCCACCAAGUACACGAAGGAUGGCCCCGGCCUCCCUGGCGGCUCCUCGUGGACUGUGGACUGGCUCAAGUUCGACAACUCCUACUUCAAGGACGUGAAGGCGAAGCGGGACGAGGAGCUGCUGGUGCUGCCCACUGAUGCUGCCCUCUUCGAGGACGCAGGCUUUAAGGUAUACGCUGAGAAGUACGCAGCAGACCAGGCGGCAUUCUUCAAGGACUACGCAGCAGCGCACAAGGCGCUGAGCGAGCUGGGAGCCAAGUUUGACCCGCCGCAGGGGGUCUCGCUGGAGGCUGGAGGCGCUCGCCCUGUCAAGUUUGUGGCUGCGGAGUACUCCUCCGGCAAUACCCAGACGGAGAUGUCCAGUGCCAUGAAGAAGAAGCUACGGGACGAAUACAUCGGGCUGGGCGGCAGCCCGGACCGCCCGCUGCAGACCAACUACUUCCUCUACAUCAUGAUUGGGGUGGCCGUGCUCGCCAUCCUCACUAAGCUCACUGGCGCUAUUUGAUAUAAGUAGACGAGGCUUCUUGGGCAAGAGACCGACUAGGCACUUCGCCUACAUCAUGAUUAGGGUGGCCGUGCUCAACGUCCGGUGUAAGGUCACACGCGCUAUUUAGAAGAAGUUGCGACGUACCUUCCUUUCUAAACAUCCCGAUGAUACACAAUGACGCAGCUUCAUGGUUUGUAUUGCAAUAUUAGAAAAAUGAAUUCGCGUCCCACGUGUCAGGCCAAGAGAUAGAUGUUGACAAGUUUU